GAGUUUUUCAUAAUGAGGUUUACAGUGUUUGGUGAUUGUAUGGUCAAAACGUGGAGAUCUUUUGCGCUUAGAAAAUGACUCUCUCUGUUUAACUUUACUCUUAAGGAUCGAAAGUUUCGGUUAAAUAUGGCGUCAGUUUCUCACGAAAAUGUAUCGCUCGCGAUAGAGGAAAGCGCUUGGCUGAGCCGUGCUUGAGGAAAGCACGCAAGCUUCACUUGCGCGUGGUGAACAACGCCAGCUGCGAGAGUACAAUCGUCAGUAGCGGUGUCUCCUGGAAAUGGAGAAACAAAUACCCGACUCAGUAAUUCUUGAAGUGUUCAGGUACUUUACGAAAAGAGAACUUGGGGUUUUGGCUCAAGUUUGCCCGCGCUGGAGAAGAAUUGCGUACGAUCGUUCGCUUUGGUGUGUUGUUGACAUGAAUGAUUUUUGGCCUGCGGUUGAUGAAGAGACGUUGUUGAUGUUGAUCAGGACGCGUUUAUCUUCGAUAAAAGCUCUUAAUUUGGGCGGCUGUACCCUCACAGCCAAGGUGGCUAAAGAACUCGCUAAAAGAUGCCAUCAACUCCGCAGUCUGGUCUUUUACGGAGCGGAGGUUGAAAGCGAAACGGGACACGAAGGUAUACGCGACUUUCCAACGGGCUUAGAACUCAUGGAUUUACGCUACUCGUGGGGAAAUUUCAAGUUUAUGAGAAGAUUACCGAGGCAUUUUACUCAAAUGAGAUACGUUGGAUUAGGGAUGGACUCAUCUGAGAGUCUCGUGCCUGAUGUUUUUGCGAAAAUGAGGAACUUGCGCAUUCUUGAUUGCACGGAUUGCGAGACACUGACUGAUGACGCACUUCUCAAGGUCUCGAUGAAUUGUCCGCACUUAGAAUCGAUAUGCUUGAACGAAUGCAAGAAUUAUCGGGGAAAACACCUUUAUCGAGUCCUAAAUAACUGUAAAUCUGUUUCAACACUGCUUAUUCGUUUCACAAAGAUCACCGAUGAGGCACUGAUGGCAGUCAGUUGGGAAAAGACCGUGGUGAAAGAACUCGAUUUGACCGGUUGCUAUUUCGUGACAACCACUGGCCUUUCAAACGUGAUUUCUAGGUUGCCGGAUAUUCGCUAUUUCAAAAUGAAUCAAUGCGGAUUUCGGCACAUUCUUCAUUUGAGAAUUUACCAAGAAGUUCGACCAACGUUGGCCUACAAAUGUUUAGAGACUUUAGAUCUGCGAUGGAACUUUCUACUGUCGGCGGAAUGUUUGGAGGGCGUUCUGCGACAUUCCCCGUCCCUACGAUACUUAGGAGUUAGUCACUCCCCAAGGAUACCCCCCUCAGUGAUAGCUGAGAUGUUUAAGUUUGUUUCCAAGUUGAGGAUUUUGGAGUUUGGACCUCUUCGUAAGGAGGCCUUGUCAGAAAGUUCAUUAGUACCCAACCUUAUCAAGAUGUGCCCUCUUAUUGAGGCAGUGUCUUUAAUCAAUUUCAAGUUGAUUGAUGAUUCUGAUGCGGACUUGGUCCAGGAACUUAGAGACAAAUGCAAACACAUCAGGGAAGUUAAACUCUGCAGUCCCCGCAUUGAGCACGUCGCCAUUGGUAACAGCGGAGAAACCAUCACUGUGGAACGACUCCUUAUCAAAAUGGAGAGCCUACUGCCAAGCCCAGAGAACACACUUGGCAAAGUAAUCAACAAAUUGCAUGUUUAGGUAGUUCUUUUUUAUAAUCAUUAAAAAUCUUCAUUGUACAUAGUAGCCAGAUGUUGCAGAUAAAAAAAUAUAUAUUCAUUCUAUUUUCACAAUCAGAAAUUAAUAUUCAACAUUACAGUAAUCACCAGUGUAUGAUAUGAGACAUUUUCAACUUAUGGAUUAAGUUGAUCAUAUCGAUUUAAAGCCAUUCCUUUGUUAGCAGAUGGCCAUACUUAAUGGACUUCUUAAAUAUCAGCAUUGGAUUUUAUUAUUCCUUAAAACAAUCUCAAAUUUCAAAUUCUAAUGAAUUUCCUUUGGGAAAAACAUCCAAUUUAAAAGAAAUUUUACUUUGCCCAGAUACUGCAAGGAUCUCCCUUUUUUUCACCGAGGUUGAAUUCAACUUUGGUUCAUUUCUAUCUAGUUACUUUUUCAUUCUUUGGAACUAUUUAUGUCAUUAGUUGUAUUGAUUUUGACCAGACAGUCUGUACCUUUAUGAAGAUUUUUUUCUCAGUAAGCUUUUGUGUUUUGCAACUGAAAUUUGGUGUAUUACAUUAGUUCCCUCUGUUUGCUGCCUAAAAUUCACCUCAAACGGGAUUAUUGUCAAAUUGAUUUCCCUUUUCUCAACAUUGUAAAUAAUGCCAACAUAGCAGAGAGUGUACCAAGCAAGCUGGACAGUGCAGUGUUGUAAGGAGAAUUAAUAUAGCAGUGAUGGAGCAGAAAGGAAAGUUUCUCAAGAAAUUCCCUAUGCAUUAUUUAUCCAACAUUGUUUAAGUUCUUCCAACUAGUCUUCGUUAAGAUUUGCAACACCACUAUUUCUUGUGUGGGAGUUUUUUUUCGAAAUGUAUUCAACCCUGUUGUUAUGGAAGGGCCUAAUCAUAUGUUUAAAAUGAUGUCUUUGUUUCCAACAGUGGCACAGGUGAAUUUGACUUGAGAGUUAAGCCACACUGAGUAAUCUUAAGUCACUUGAGUAUUUCCCUGUUUCUUUUAAGCUAAGGGCUUUGCCAUUUCAAUUCCUCUAAAGGAUACUUU